AUGCGCCGAAUUGAGUGUAAAACCCUAAUCCAAGAGGAACAUUACGAAUGUGAAGAGUUAUUAUCAGCCUUGCUGGGUCGGAUACCCGACCCAGCAAGGCUGAUAAUAACUCUUCACAUUCGUAAUGUUCCUCUUGGAUUAGGGUUUUACACUCAAUUCGGCGCAUCCUCUUCCUCUUCUCCUACCCUUCAACGCUCUCGAGUUGUUCGAUCUCUUCACUCUGCAACAAUGGGGAAGACACGUGGUAUGGGAGCUGGUCGCAAGCUCAAAGCGAAGGGGCAACUGGCGCAACUGGUGCAAUUGGGCCACUGGGCUUCAGAUACCCAACCCAGCAAGGCUUAUAAUAGCUCUUCACACAUUCGUAAUGUUCCUCUUGGAUUAGGGUUUUACACUCAAUUCGGCGCAUCCUCUUCCUCUUCUCCUACCCUUCAACGCUCUCGAGUUGUUCGAUCUCUUCACUCUGCCACAAUGGGGAAGACACGUGGUAUGGGAGCUGGUCGCAAAGAGUUCAGGGUGGCAUCUUCUGUUUGGUGGGCUGACAAGGCUUAUAAGAAAUCUCAUCUUGGUAAUGAAUGGAAGAAACCUUUUGCUGGUUCAUCUCAUGCCAAAGGCAUUGUGCUUGAAAAGAUAGGUAUUGAAGCUAAGCAGCCAAACUCUGCCAUCCGCAAGUGUGCUAGGGUUCAGCUCAUUAAGAAUGGCAAGAAGAUUGCUGCGUUUGUUCCUAAUGAUGGUUGCUUGAACUAUAUUGAGGAAAAUGAUGAAGUGUUGAUUGCUGGAUUUGGGCGUAAGGGUCAUGCCGUGGGAGAUAUUCCUGGUGUUAGAUUUAAGGUGGUUAAGGUGUCAGGUGUUUCUCUCCUGGCUCUCUUCAAGGAGAAGAAGGAAAAGCCUAGGUCUUAG